GUGCCUUUUCCAUUUGCUAUUGUCGCACAUUAAAAGGAUGUUGCGUUUUGGUUAAGAAAACUUUAAUCGGAAUAGUUCUUGAUCCUCCUCCAUCGCCACAUGGUUUGUCUCCGAUGUCAGCCAUUUUCAGUAAUUACAGCUCCUUUUUGGCUAAACAUUUAAUCUCGAUAAGGACAAAGAAAACGACCCCCCAAAAAGAGGUCCGCCCGCCGCCCAACUUCCGGCGGCUCAGCCGGUGCAGCAAUAAAGUCUUCCGGUGGCGUCACCUCAGCUUUUGUAUUUACUCAUAUCGCGCACUUUAAGCACGGCGCAGGUUAGCCUCCCCCACCACCCCACCGUUAGAUCCCCAGGUCAGCCGCAUGCCUCUCUCUCCCCCACCCCCACUCCACCCUACCUUUAUCAUCUCCAACCUAACCCCAACAUUUCAUUAUGCCUCCCCUCACCACCUCCGACCACCGACCACCUCUCUCCUCCUCCGAUUUCUCACUCCUGAAUUGGGUCUUACUCUUUCAUCAUCGUCUCUAUCGCUAUGGCCAGCUCCAACUCACCUUCUUCCUCUCACGAACAAACAAAUCCACUCGCCGCCAAACCACCGGCGGCAUCUCGCCGCUUGCCUCCUCCCUGCUGGUCCCACGAUGAGACGGUGGCGUUGAUCGAUGCGUAUCGUGGUAAGUGGUACUCUCUUCAGCGAGGUAACCUCCGUGCUCCCCACUGGCAAGAGGUCGCCGAUGGUGUCGCUGUCCGGUGCCCGUUGAGCGACCCACCGAAAACCUCGAUUCAGUGUCGUCAUAAGAUGGAGAAGCUGAGAAAACGUUAUCGGGCGGAGAUCCAACGAAUUGCGAAUACACCAAGGGGACACCGGUAUCCGUCGUCGUGGGUUCACUUUAAACAAAUGGAUGCGAUGGAGUUGGGUCUUUCUUCUUCAGAUCCAUCUGUAGAUCCGAUCAAUCAAGAGGAAGAUGAAGUAGAUGAAAGAGGAGAUGAAGAGAAUGAAGACGAAUUGUUCUUGUAUCCUAAAAGAAUCAAACAAGCAGUCACUCUCCCUCUCAAUCGACGGUAUCAGGGUUUAGUCGGUAACGGUGUUACUGCCGGAAAGAGAAACGGGAACGGCGUUCGGAUCAGAAUUCCAAAUAUCGCCGCCGUUACUCCGCCUAAUACAUCCUUUGAUGACUACCCACCGCCGGUGAACCCACAUUACAGGCCAGGUAAGCGAUCGAGAGAUGGGUUUGUGAAGGAAGCUUUUGGAGGUGAGAUGAACAGAAAACAUGGCGGUGGUGGAGGGAUGAAGAUGAGGAAGGAAAUGGAAAACGAUGAGAGUCAUCUGAUGGAUGGAAUGGUGGCAGCGAUUCAGAAGUUAGGAGACGGGUUUUUGAAGAUAGAGAUGAUGAAGAUGGACAUGGCAAGAGAGCUUGAAUCCAUGCGAAUGAAAAUGGAGAUGAAAAGAACUGAAAUGAUCCUGGAAUCACAGCAGAAGCUUGUGGAUUCAUUUGCAAAAACAGUUAUGGAGAAGAAGAACAAGAAGAUUAAAAGAAUGGGUACACCCGAAUUGUGAACAAGAGCUUCAAGGUAUCAUUAACAUGUAUUUUCAUGGAAGUUAGGCUUUAAAUUGGUAGUCUUUUUGUUAAUAGUUUGGUCAAAUUUGGAACCUUGAUGUUUCUUGUGAUGUUGAAAUUGUAGAGCUCUUUUGUUAACAAAUUAUUUGUUUCA